CCACCACCAUCAAUUGUGAGCACUUUAAUGCCCCCGGUUAUGCCCAACAUAACCACUUCAACAGAAAAAAAUCUACUUGUGGACUUGACUACCGUUAGCCCAGCCGUAACACCAGUUACCUCGAAUAGCAUUCACAUCGACAACGAUGAUUGGGAUAGUUUUGAAUAUGCCAUUGUUUCAACAACUUCCGCCUCAUUGGAUCCUUCAACAAUAGAGAAAGACACACAUGUGGUGGUAACCACAUCACUGGGCAAAAUCCGCGGCCGCUUCCAAAAAUUCCGUUCUGGUGAACGUGGUGGCUAUUAUAGCUUUAAGGGUAUUCGCUAUGGUCAAGCGCCAGUGGGUGAUCGAAGAUUCCGUGCAGCAGAACCGGAAAGAAGUUGGGCUGGUAUACGUGAUGCCUCGCGUGAAGGCAACAGCUGUCCACACAAAAACAUGAUUUUGGAUACGUUUAAAGGCAAUGAGGAUUGUCUGUUUUUAAAUGUGUUCACCAUGAAACUACCCAAGGGAGAAUAUAAUCCCCAAUUACCCGUAAUGGUGUGGAUGCAUGGCGGUGGUUAUUCCUUUGGUUCGGGUAACACAUUCCUUUAUGGCCCCGAUUAUUUGGUAGCCGAAAACGUGGUGUUGGUAACUCUCAAUUACCGCCUAGGCCCCUUAGGGUUCCUUACAGCUGGCCCAGAUGCCCCCGGCAAUCAAGGAUUGAAAGAUCAAAUCCUUGCUUUGAAAUGGGUUCGUGAUCACAUUGCCAAUUUUGGUGGUAACCCCAAUCAGGUUACAAUUUUUGGUGAAUCUGCUGGAGGUUCAUCCGUGCAAAUGUUGCUGUUAUCUCCCUUGGCCAAGGGGCUGUUUCAUCGUGCCAUUUCUGAGAGUGGUUCUGCUCUCAACCCUUGGGCCAUGGGUGAAAGUUCCAUGACACGAGCCUACAGAUUAGCCGCUAAUUUAGGUUAUGUGGGAGCAAAUGAUACUGUUGAAAUUUUAGAGUUCCUAAGACGUGUGCCAGCAAUGAAAUUGGUCGAAGCUGCACCCACAACGCUGAAUGAAGAAGAUUUUCGCAAUAAUGUCGGUUUACCUUUUGUCCCGGUGGUUGAAGGUUAUUGGAAUCGUCCCGGAGAACAACCAAUUUAUUAUGAAGCUCCGCUAAUCACGGAAAGUCCUCAGGAUAUGUAUGAUCAACAGAAAUUCCAUAAAAAUAUACCCUAUAUGACGGGUUAUAAUACCCAUGAAGCUAUGUUGUUUAUUAGACGUCUACGCAAAAAUCCUCAGUUAUUGGACAUCAUUGAAAAUGAUUUCACCCGUUUGGUGCCAAGAGACCUUAAUGUUACCGAUGAUCGUGAGCGUGUAACGCGGGAAAUUCGUCAGUUCUAUUUGGGCAAUAAGCAUGUGGGCAUCGAAUCUGUGGAUGAAAUGAUUGCGUUACUUACCGAUUUGAUGUUCGUCCACGGCAUAAGACGUACAGUGCGCAAUCAUGCCAAAUAUGGCAAUAUGCCUGUGUAUAUGUAUCGAUUCUCCUUCGACGGUGCUUUGGGUCUAUACAAACGAAUGUUGGGUUUACAGCGGCCCGGUGUGUGUCACGGCGAUGAAUUGGGUUAUUUGUUCAAAUUUGGUUUCUUCAAUUUGAGUUUGGAUCCCAAGUCAAUGGAGGUGCUAGUCAAAAAUCGCAUGGUGCGAAUGUGGACCAAUUUUGCUAAAUAUGGAAAUCCCACACCACCACAUUUAAGUGAUGAUUUGCUAAAUACAAUAUGGUCUCCUGUUGAGCCCAAUGGUGUUAUGGAGAGCCUUAAUUUUAUGGAUAUUACAACAAAUUUACAAAUGAAAACAAAUCCGGAAUUGGAACGACAACAAUUUUGGGAUUAUAUGUAUGAACAUUAUAAUGGCAAUGCCAUGUAAAAGG